CAGUGCUGCAUUUUGGCCUCGGCGCCGUACUACGACGAGAAGACCAUGGACCCAUACCAGCAGCAACAGCAGAUGCAGCAGCAGCAGCAGCGGAGCAUGAACCUGCAGCGCCAGCACAUGAUGGAGCGCAGCGGCAACAUGGGCGGGAUGUACGCCCACGCGCCGCAAGGCCACGCGCCACCCAUGGGCUUGCACCCGUCGUCGCAGAUGCACCACAACGGCUAUGGCAUGCCCAUGGCACCGCCGACGCACUCGAGCGCGAUGAUGUACUCGGACGACGUCUCGUCGUAUUUACAGCCGCCCAACAUGGGCAUGAACCCGGCGAUGGCGCCCGCGCCGUAUGGGUACAACGCGUCGACCUCGUACGUAGAGGUGGCCGGGACCCCGAUAUGGAGCGCGGCCAAGGCGGCAAGCGCCACGCGCCCAAGGGGCAAUGGAAGACGCCGCCGCAGAUGCUCUACAUGAAGGAGAAGGCGAAUGCGUCCAAGCCGGUGGUGCCCGAGCCUGCGAGCUCUGCGUUUGGCGACGAAAACACGGUGACGCCGCAGCAGUUUGCCGAGGGCACGCAAGGAUUGACGCUCGACACGACGCUGCUCGCAAAGAUGACGGGCAAGGACGCAUCGCAGAUCGGCGCGGAACAGAUCCGCAACAUCAUGCAACACCCGGAGCUCCUCAGCAUCUACCAAAAGCUCCAGGAAGAGGAAGAGCGCCGGCAGCGACGACUCGAGCGCAACCGCGCGUCCGCGCGUCUUCGCCGAGAGAAGAAGAAGGGCCUCGUCGAGACAUACGAGAUGGAAGUCUCGGAGCUCGAGACGAUCUUGAAGAAGGUCAAGAGCCACAAGUUUGGCUGCGGCAACGACAAGCUCCUGCUGGAAGCCCUCAGCGGCGAGCAAAAGCAGAGCGUCAACAUGACGCGGGACACCAAGCACCAGCAGACAUCGCUGCUCUUGAAGCAGCACUCGCAAAACGCGUCAGCGAUUCGCCAAGCCAACGACGAGAGCUGGAUGGUCGCGCUGGCAGCGACCAAUGACGCCGAGUUUCUCCAGCUCAAGCACACGCUCGGGCUCACGGAGGCGCAGUGCGCGCGCCUCGCCCGCGUCAAGAACAGUGUGCACAACGAGUCGACGCGGCUCGCGAUCGUCGAAAAGUGCUUUGCGGCGCUCCACGUGCACGAGUGGCUGCACUUUCCCAACUCGGAGGGGCUCGUCGACCUCUUCCGCGCGCCGCUGAACGCGCAGCAGCUGCAAAAGUUUGUGCAGUGGACGCGUGUCAACAAGCAAGCGAUCCAGCAGCUCCAGUUUGUCCAGCCGCCCGCAGACCCCAAGGCCGAGUCGAGCCUCGUGUUUGAUUUUCCGCGGGAGCUCUAAGCCAAGGGAUAGCGUGUGAUUAGGAUAGCACCCAAGACGAAGUUGCUUUAUUUUUUGGACGCGAUUUUUCUACAAGUG